CUUUGUCUAAUAAACAGUUCAUCUACUUUGCGAAUUGCGAUUGUCAUGUAACCUACGACGAAUCUUAGUUUUAACAACUGUUACUCCUUUCCUCUCCAUUUUAUAAGGAAAAUAAUAAAAAAUGGGGAUAUUUUUUGCAAAAAAGAAACAUCCUAGUCGGGUGACGGAGCAGGAUAAAGCUGUUUUGCAAUUGAAGCAAACAAGAGACAAAUUAAAACAAUACCAAAAGAGGAUCGAGCAGAACCUUGAAAGAGACAGAGAAAUAGCAAAGAAGUUGCUGAGAAAUAACCAAAGAGAACGUGCACUAUUAUUGCUACGUAAAAAGAAAUUCCAAGAACAAGCUUUAAUCAAAGCUGAUGGUCAGUUGGAUAAUUUAGAGCGCAUGGUGCAUGAUUUGGAAUUCGCACAAGUGGAAAUAAAGGUUGUAGAUGGACUGAAGCUUGGCAAUGAAGCCCUCAAGAAGUUGCAUGCUGUACUAUCAAUUGAUGAAAUUGAGAAAGUCAUGGAUGAAACAAGAGAAGGAGUUGAAAAGCAACAAGAAAUUGACGAACUACUUUCAGGAGCAUUGACUGAUCAAGAAGAGGUUGAUGUUGAAGCUGAAUUAGAUGCACUGAUAACAGAAGAAGCUGAGAUUACCACACCUGAAGUACCAUCCGAGGUCCCACUGCCAGAUGUACCUCAAGAUGAACCUGUCAAAGAAAAAGAAAAAGAAAAAGCACCUAAAAGCAAAUCUCAGGAGCCUGUUGCAUUAGAAGCAUAAAUUUGACUGUAUCGAUUGUUUUUAUAUCGCUUAUCUGUAUAUAUGUACAGCUAAUACUUAAUAUUUUCAUCGAAUAGACGUAACAGUUUGUAAGUAAAAAUGGAUUUUUUAAAGAAUGGUUUUAUCAUACUGUGAGAGAACUUUGAUAAAUGUAGUUUCAAAAAAUUAAGAUUGUUCGAACAUAAGUGUUUCAUGCUCUGCAUAACAUACACAUAAUGUGCAUAAUUUAACAUCUUUACAUGUUAGACUUAUACCAGGCUGAUACUAUUGUCAUUGUGGCAAUACAAUGUGAUAUGAAAGAUAUGUUAGUAUUCAUUCGAAUUGAAUAUUCCGGACUACGCAAAGUCUUUAUUUAUUGUUUUACUGUGUAAAAUAAUUUGUAUAAUUUUUCUCAUUGAAAGACAGAAAGUAAUUCAACAAUAAAUUACUAAACUGCAACAUUAUCUCAGGUUUGAGCAUUUUGUUGUGGAAAAAGUCAGUUGCUUUAGAUUUGAUAUCUGUUUACGAAAACUUAUAUAAACGUUUAUCACCAAUAAAAAUAAACUUCAACGCUGAAA